UCGUAUGCUUUUCAAACAGGAAAUCCCCACACACACACACACGCACAAUAGAACUCCACCGGUAACAGCUACGACGGCGAGAUCCGAAGUUAAUCAACGGCCACCCGCCGCCACCCGCCGCAUGAUCUUCUUCCUCCAGAGCCCGGACACUGCGCCGUGAAGUUAAGCGGAGAAAUGGACGCCGAACUCUCUCUGAUUGAGUUCUCGGCGGAGGACGACUCGCUGCUACAGCAGAUCCCGAACGACGACGCCUGCAGCGUCUACUCCUCCUCCUCCUUCUCCCCCCUCUGCCCCAUCAGACCACCCAAGCCUUCUCCUUCGGGUUCGAUGGGAGUUGAGGAUUGUGAAAGAUCAGGUUCUUCAUCUUGUAGAGAGAGUGUUGACAAAGAAAACAUUAAUUUGAAUAAACCUGAGAUGCCGAAACUCAGUAUUGAGCCACAGCAAAUGAAGAGGAAAAAGAAAGGUGGAGGUUAUAAUUUGCGGAAGAGCUUAGCCUGGGACAGAGCUUUUUUUACUGAAGAAGGAGUUUUGGACCCAGCGGAGUUAUCUAUGCUUAGUGGACAUUUGAACAUCCUCGGUGGGGAGAAGUUACCAGUCAUCCAUGAAGAAGGGAGGGAAUCAUUGCCAGGAAUUUCAGAGCAACAAACUGACUCGAAGGGUUUACUUGCCCUUGAAGAGAAAUUAUUCAAGGACUUGCCCGUGAAGGCGACAAGUGAAAGUAAAAAAGUGGUUGGUCCUUCACCCCGAAGACAUAAUGGUUUGCCCAAAAUUAAUGGACCAAUAACUACUCCGGCCAAGCAGACAGUUCUGUCAGCUCAAGAUAUUAAUAGGAGUGGAUCCAAGCGCAGUGGUUGCCCACGAGCUGUGCCUUUAUCUUCAAUAAAAAGACCUGCAACUAUUAACACAACAACAAGAGGGGCAGCUAAAGAAUUGAAAGUCGCCGGAACACUAGUUGCCAAGGAGGAGUCUCGUCCUAAGCAUUCAACUUCCAAGAGUUCUAUGACCAGUGGCCACCUCAAGCAUACUCAGCCUACACGAUCAGCUGUUGCCAAAAUGAAUGCUAAAGUACAAGGCCCUUCAAGCAGUACAAAAACUGUUGCAAGUAGUGCAAUUUCUGGCCCUGGCAGGAAAUCUUCAGCUUCUAAAUCCACUCUUCCACAGGCCAAAAGAAAUGUGGGUAAAGUUGCAGUAAAAUUCAGCUCAUCCACUCAUGUGAAAACUACUUCAGUAGGGUCAGAAGCUCAAGGAAAUCCACCAUUUCGUCAUGUCCCAAAUGGCCAGAGUGUGGAAUCCAGUAAGAUGGGAGUUCCUCUUUCCGAAAACUGUCGAAAACUCGAUGGAUACAUGCCUAAUAUGCCAAUACAAACUGCUAAACCAUCGGGACUAAGAAUGCCUUCACCUUCUAUGGGAUUUUUUGGUCAGCCAAAAGCUUCGGCUUCACGGAACUUGGUCAACAAGUACAUUCAGCCUAGCAAUAUUCCUCGUCCUACAAGUGCUAGCUUGAAGAAUGCUCAUGAUAUUUGGCCUCCACAGGGCAAUAACCAAGUACAACAACUGGUCAAUGAUCAUCUCAGUGGCAAUCCACGUAAGGGCUUCCAUGCUGCAAACAGCCUCGGCACUUCACAUGAAAAACAAGAGUUAAAUGUUGGAUCAUAUAGUAUGAAGAGCAAAGACCCCAAGCCACAGAAUGGUCUGACUGAUGAGAUCUCAAGUAACCAGCAAGAUAUGCAUGAUAUUCACCGAGAUGUUGGUGAAAAAGUUGCAAAAUUGGUAGAAUCAUGUGAACCGCAGAAGCAGCUUCCUUUGGACAACAAACUCAGUGAUGUUUCGUUUGAAGCAAGAGAUAAAGAUGUGGACAGGAGGGCGGACGAUGGGGAAGUGAAGUUGAGUGAGAAAAAAUCGCCACUGAGCACAGAACCUAGUGGACAACUGAGUAUAGAAGAGGAUAACAAACUCAGUAAUAUUUCUUCUGAAGAAAAAGAUGAAGAUGUGGGCAGAAGGGUGGAUUUUCAAAAGUAUUGUCACGAUGGCAUUGUGUUGCAAACUGAAGAUGUCUCCAUGGCUAAUAUGGAAGAGCAUUCUAUCUCGUCAAAUGAGACUCAUGGUCGCUUCUUUUCACGGUAUCAGUCUGCAAAAGCCAUUUUCAGUGACGACCAGAACACCACAACUGGGGUGAACCAGAAUGAAUCAUUCGAUCAAUUGCAGACAUGUGGUGGUGCAGAAAAUGCAGAUUCUGCUGCAAAUUGUAAAGAGGAUACUGCAUGUGAAGCAGAAAUAUCUUGUGGUACAUCUGUGGGUAAAAGCAAAGAAAAUGCAGAUAAUGAUUCUGCUGGAUCACAAGAUGGAAGCAGGAUAUCACAUGCUGAUGAUGCAGAAAACCCUCUUCAAGAUGAAAACCUCACCAUCAGUUGUCCAAGUGAGGGCAAUAAGUUUGUAACAAGCUCUAAGGAUGUAGCUGGGAAUGUUACCAAAGAGCCAGAAACAUUGGGAUGCCAAAACGUGCAUCAUUCCCUGUCAGCCUCCAUGCAACCUCUAAUUGGAAGUCAGGACUCAUAUACUGAUGAUGUACAUGUGAGAAAUGAUAUUCAGCUCUGUGAGGGAGCUAAUGAUUUGGAUGAAGAAUUGUUGCUGAGGGUGAGUGAAGGCCAAUCAAUUGGAGCAACUAUGGCAACUGAUUCUGAUAGCUCACAUGCUUGUCUCUUGGAUACAUUCAGCAAGACCAAAAUGGCAGCCGAAUAUUCUAUCUCCCUGCUUCCCUCCUCCGUGAAAAAUGAGGAUGGUCUUCAGAUAGGAGAUUUGACUGAGCAUGAACAUGUGGAAGGCAAUCAAAACAUUUACCAAGAUAUUUCAUCACCAACUUCUGGCACUAAUGAACUAUGCUUUGAUGAGACCUUGAUUGGAUAUUCUAAGGAAGAGCGAGAUUCUGAUAAGAGGAACAUGACCAUUGUUAGGCCAGAAACUGUUGACUCUGGGUUGAUGGAAACGGAUAAUUUUCGAACUCCAUUGGAGGGUCAAUAUGCUGGUCUAGUGGAAAGAGGAGUUAAUGGCGCUAAUGUCAUGAGCCUGCAAAUGGAGGUUGAGCAACCGAAUCCUUCAGAUAACAGUUCCUUAAGUGAUUCUGCAGCAAAGAACGAGUCUGUGGCUGCCAGCGAUCUGGUUGAGCAGUCUGGUGAGCAUCCUCAUCCUCAGCACUGCUUAGUUGAGGAUGACCUCCCUCUUGAUAAAGGAGUGUCCGCGGAUCAUAAUUCUUCCCACAAACCCUAUGAGAAAAGUUUGGAUAAUGGUAGUUGUGAGAGUAAAGACACGAAGUGCAUUUCGUUCGUUGGAGCAGAACCUGAUCACUAUAGUGCUCUUGAUGUUGUGGAUGAGAAGGCUGAAAAUGAUAACCUGGAGGAUUUAUUAUCAGAUUUUGUGGUUCAUGAAAAUAAUCCAAGUCAUUUGAGUACUACACCGGAAGUUGAUGCCUCUCUAGGAGUGAUUGAAGAAGGAAUUCUAUGGUCACAGGCUAUCGCUAAUGGCAAGGAAACGUGUCCUUUGACCAGACCCGAUGAUUUGAAGAGUAGCAAAUCACAUGUGGAGGUUGAUCUUCUGCUGGACCAUUCUAAUCCUAACUCUCGGCUGCAGCAUCAUUCUGAAAGUACUAUCCACUCCACCGAGCACAGUGAUGGAACACUACCACAGGAAAGAUGUGAGAAUAAUCAGAAGCAGAACGGUCUGCUGAUAAAACCUCCACCAAAUGUUCCUCCAUUCUCUGAUGAGUGGCUAGCAGCACUUGAAGCUGCUGGCGAGGAAAUACUUACCAUGAAGAGCGGGGCAGUCCAGAACUCGCCCCCCGACAAAACCGUGCCUGAACUGGGUCCCUGGUCACCGGUGAAGAAAAAGCACAAUCAAGGGAUUGGGCCAUUUGACUGCACCAAGUUCACUAAUACCACUGCAAACAUUCCAGAUCCUGGCUCUCAGUAACAAAGCCCGGUAUCAUCUCUAAUCAUUCUUUUCUCACUAACCAUUUUGACUUCCAUGAAAGCCCUGUACAAUCAAAGCGCAUAAGACCCAUGUUUCCUUUCGUUCUUUCUUUUGUGUAUGAAUUCCUCUGUAACAUUUUGUUGCAGAGUAUCCAUUCAGCAACGAGACACUUCAUCUCAAUCUUUGCAGAAUUGAAUUGAUAAUUCACGUUUUCUUUUGGAAA